CUAUGAUCUCUUCCAGUUGACAACAUUGCAUGUUUAAAAGUCCUCAGGGAAUGCAAUUAUGCAAACCUUUGUGUGUCAAUUAUUCUGCAUUACUUAGUUUAAGCACUCCCAUUAGGCGGAGCCUAACAAUAUAUUAAACCAACAGUCCAGACUUGCUGAAGCAUUUCUCUUUCCAAGAGAGGCCCUGGACUGUUAGUUGUUUCAGUGUAAAGAAGUUGGAUUGGAAGCUGAACAUGAAGAGUGUUGCAAUUAUUUCCAAGAACUUGCUUGGAAGAUUGCUGGUUACUGUAAUCAUAAUGCAGCUGUCAAAUGGCCAAUAUUUCAAGCAAGCAAAACCUCCCGUGCUUCCACAUAACCCAUUUAUUGUUGUUUGGAAUGCGCCAACUAAAUUGUGCAGUCUUCGUUACAAUGUAGAUCUGGAUCUCAGUGUUUUCGACAUAACUUCAAACUCCAAUGAUUCACUCAGUGGGUCAGUCAUCACCAUAUUUUACCACAAUCGCCUGGGCGAGUAUCCUUAUUACUCUAAAAAGAAAGUUUCAGUCAAUGGAGGCAUCCCCCAGAAUAGUGACCUACAAGAACACUUAAAUAAAAGCAGGUCUGACAUUGAGAAAUUAAUUCAUUUUAAGGACUUCAGUGGUCUUGGGGUGAUUGACUGGGAAAACUGGAGGCCUCUGUGGAUCCGAAACUGGGGGCAGAAAAAAAUCUACCGGCAAAAAUCCAUAGAAGUUGUGAAAAAGCUUCACCCCAACUGGACACAAAAUCAAAUCAAAUCAGAAGCUAAGAAGCAAUAUGAAACUGCCGCGUGGGACUUCAUGAAUAAUACACUGGCGUUAGCAGAGGAAAUGAGACCUAAUGGCCUCUGGGGAUUUUACCUCUUCCCAGACUGUUACAACCAUCACUAUAUGAAAAAGACAAAGAAGUAUGAUGGGAAGUGCCCUGCAAUUGAAUACAAACGUAAUGACAAGUUACUCUGGUUAUGGAAAGAAAGUGGCGCUCUCUACCCUUCCAUCUACCUUGGGCUUGAUUUGAAAUCAACCCCAAAUGCACGAAGAUUUGUCCAUUACAGAUUGAAAGAAGCUAUCAGAUUAGCCUCCAUUGCCCAUAAAGACUACACACUCCCGGUCUUUGCAUAUGGACGUCCGUAUUAUGCGUAUGAGUUUGUGCCCCUCACUGAGAUUGACUUGGUGCAUACAAUUGGUGAGAGUGCUGCAAUGGGAACUGCGGGGAUCAUUCUCUGGGGAAACAUCGACUAUGCGAGAUCAAAGAGUCACUGUUUAGCAGUGAAGGCGUACAUAAACGGCCCUCUGGGACAAUAUAUUGUUAAUGUGACAUCUGCCACAAAGCUGUGCAGCAAGCAUCUCUGCAAGAAACAUGGGAGGUGCGUGAGGAAGAACAUCGACUCCAAAGCCUACCUCCACCUGGACCCCGAGAGUUUCAGCAUCAGGACCAACUCCGAGGGAAUGCAACCAAGGUUUUCUGUGCAAGGGAAGGUGAACUCAAUAAACCUCAAAUACAUGAAGAAUAAGUUCAUGUGCCAGUGUUACGAAGGUUGGGUUGGCUUUGCCUGUGAAGUACCAUUUCCCAACACUGUUUCAGUGAAUGAAAGUGUCCUGGGCACAAUGGGUGCUAAAGGUUCAGCACCACCGUUACCAUUUUCAUUUGCCGCUGUCGUUGUACUCAAUCUGGUCAGUAAUAUCAUUAUUUAAUCAUUCAAAGCUUUUUACUUGGGUAUAUUGCUGUUAUGACAUAGAUAAGAUUUCAUCAAGUGUGUGGAAAAGAAUCUGCAUAAUGAUCAGACUGGCUUUCUGGAGAGAAUGUUUUUUAAAAUAUAUUUAAAGCCACUGCAUGGACAAUAUCUGCUGCAUCGCCCUCUGCAUUCAGUCUUUAUUAUAGCUCAAAGUAGAAUUCUGUCUGAUAAAUGUAGAAAUUGAAACUGCCUGUAAGCCUUGGCCAAACAAGAGUAAGAAAAUAAAAUUCAAGCAUUAGUUUGUUUAACAU